CCGCAGGCUGCGCGCCCCGCACCCCCUCGGCGCUGCGCUCUGGGCCCGCGCGCUUUAAUGCAGCAGCUCCAGACACCGCCGCUCCGCGUCUCCACUGGCUGGGACUCGCCCCGACGGCGCCCGCAGCCGUCUGUCGCUCUCCCGCCCUCGCCCGGAGCUUCGCGUCCUUGCCUGCCGGCGGAGUGGGUGGGCCCGGCCAGAAGCAGCCCCACUGUGGCAGGAUGUUCACGUCCAAGUCCAACUCGGUGUCGCCCUCGCCGUCCCUGGAGCAGGCUGAUUCGGACGCGCUGGAUAUCAGCACCAAAGUGCAGCUCUACGGUGUGCUGUGGAAACGACCCUUUGGGCGGCCAUCCGCCAAGUGGUCCCGGCGGUUUUUCAUCAUCAAAGAGAGCUUUCUUCUUUACUACUCUGAGAGUGAAAAAAAGAGCUUUGAAACCAAUAAAUACUUCAAUAUACAUCCUAAGGGCGUCAUCCCUCUGGGGGGCUGCCUGGUGGAGGCCAAGGAAGAGCCCAGCAUGCCCUACGCCAUGAAAAUCUCCCACCAGGACUUCCAUGGGAACAUCUUGCUGGCGGCAGAGUCCGAGUUUGAGCAGACACAGUGGCUGGAGAUGCUGCAGGAGUCAGGGAAGGUGACUUGGAAGAAUGCCCAACUGGGAGAAGCCAUGAUCAAAAGCCUGGAGGCCCAGGGUCUGCAAUUGGCUAAGGAGAAGCAGGAGUAUUUAGACAAACUGAUGGAGGAGACGGAAGAACUCUGCCUGCAGAGGGAGCAGAGAGAGGAACUUGAGCGCCUUAACCAGGUGCUGGAGGCUGAGAAGCAACAGUUUGAGGAGGUGGUGCAGGAACUGAGAAUGGAGCAGGAGCAGAUCAAGAGGGAGCUAGAACUGACUGCAAGAUGCCUCAAAGGCGUGGAGCAAGAGAAAAAGGAGCUGAGACAUCUCACAGAGUCCUUGCAGCAGACACUGGAGGAACUCUCCAUAGAGAAGAAGAAAACCUUGGAAAUGCUGGAGGAGAAUGAGAACCAACUACAGACACUGGCCAAUCAGAGUGAGCAGCCCCCUCCCAGCGGGGGUCUCCAUAGCAACCUAAGGCAGAUUGAAGAGAAGAUGCAGCAGCUCUUGGAGGAGAAGCUGCUGGCAGAGAAGCGGAUGAAGGAGAACGAGGAACGCUCGCGGGCCCUGGAGGAGGAGCGUGAGUUUUACUCGAGUCAGUCCCAGGCGCUGCAGAACUCGCUGCAGGAGCUGACGGCACAGAAGCAGCAGGCUGAGCAGGAGCUCAAGGCUGAGGUGAAGGUCCGCAUGGACCUGGAAAGGCGUCUGCGGGAAGCAGAAGGGGCCUUGCGGAGCCUGGAACAAGGGCUCAACUCCAAGAUUCGGAACAAGGAGAAGGAGGAGAGGAUGCGGGCUGACGUGAGCCAUCUGAAAAGGUUCUUCGAGGAAUGCAUCCGGAACGCGGAGCUGGAGGCCAAGAUGCCGGUCAUCAUGAAGAACUCCGUGUACAUCCACAAGGCGGCCACUCGCCGCAUCAAGAGCUGCCGCUUCCACCGGCGCCGGUCCAGCACCUCCUGGAAUGACAUGAAGCCGUCCCAGUCCUUCAUGACCUCCCAGCUGGAAGCCAACAACAUGGAGGAGCUGAAGGAGGUGGCCAAGCGGCUGAGCCGAGACCAGCGCUUCCGGGAAUCCAUCUACCACAUCAUGGUGACUCAGCCUGGACCAUCCUCAGCGCUUCCCCGAGGUGGAAAGUGAUGGGCUUUCCUUUCUGUCUCCCAAGUCUUCCCUGAGUGGGGGCUGGGAAGAGAUGGCAGGGCGAGGCUCACUCUACCUGGCUUCUAUCAGCUCUCCUGUGGGCCAGAGCUCCACCUGGGGCCCACAAAGGACAGGGAUGCUACCUCCCUCACCCCCAUCGCAGACCCUACCCUUGGGUCUAUACCAGGCCUGUGCAGGCCCUAGCUGGGUGCUGCCUGGUUGUCAUGGUGAGGCCAGGAAGGGACCUGGUUGCAUGUGGAGACUUUUUUUUUGGUUGGGGAAUGAGGUGGGCAGGGCCCACAGCCUUCUCCCUUGCCCACUCUACCUCUCUGAGACCCCGCCACCCUUCUGGUCCUCAUGUGUGAAAGGCUUCCCUCCCCACCUUGACUCUUGCUUCCUCCAAGAGCUCCCUAACCCUCUCUUUGCUCCAGAGAACCAUAGACAUCCCCCAGUCAAGGGCCCUAGCACAGCAGCUCUGGGUCCUCAGCACACUACACCGCCACAGUGCCACCUUUCUUGUCUCUGGCUGUGGGACCACCAGCUCACUCCCCUCCUCAGGUGAGCUUACCCGCUUGCAGUCUCAGUACCCUAUGAAGGUGAUACAACAUAUACCCCCACACCCCUGCAUCCUUCCUGCAUAUGUAUGUACCUAGGGCUGGGAGCUGGGUCAGCAGUGGUGCUGAGAGGUCUCCCAGAAAAUGAAUAGCAAGUCAGGGAGUGGAAGAAGGUGGCCCCGGCUACUGCGUUAUCUUCUCCGGAUAGACAGGGAGGCAGCUCCCUCUGGCUGCUGUGGCCUUGCUGGUCGUGGGAUCAUAGACAUCUUUCUCCCAGCUGCCCCUGCUUCAGCCCCCUAGCUGCCUCCUCUCCCUGCAGAAGCUUUACUCAGUGAAGUAAUGUGACCAUGAACCCUGGAAGAUGAGGGCCUGGGCCUGUAAAAUGGCCAAUAGCCCUUGGUUGGCCCCAUUUUAUCAGGGGUGAAGCCGAAACACCUAUCUUCAGCUUUCGUGAAAGAUCUCCGCCCUCCAUGGGGCUGAGGGCUGUGGAGUGUGUCCUUCACCCACGGACAGUCUGCUCAGCUCUUCUCCCUCUAGGCCCACCUUCCGAGGCUGCCUGAGUCUGUUGUUCUCUCCAGAAAGGGGGUCUACUUGGGGAUCAGGGUGCUCAGGGACACUGGUGGUAUUAAAGGUGCUGAUUCUCUGCUGCUUGGAAAACUGAGUGAAAAGCCCAGUCUGAGAGAUGGACAGAUGGCUGCAGGGUAAGUUGUGGCAGAGGCGCAGGUGUCUGGGGACUUGCGUGAGACUAGACCGUGGGAAGAGGAGUGUUACUGGCUCAAAAUUCAUGUAGGUAGGCUUCACUGCUCUGUGCUCAAACCUGCCUGGUGAAACUAAUUGCCAGGGUCCCUCCUCAUUGGUGGGUGGACCUUGAUGGCUUUCGCCAGUCUUCCUGGAGUCUAGGUAGGGACAGGAGUGGAGGUGCUUCAGAAUCAAUGCAUCUGAAAGGGGCGAGUCUAAAUGUAAAAUUGUUACGCAUGUAGAACCCUGCAUCAACCUGGAACUCACUUACCUAAUGUGUAUGUAGGGUGGACUUUAACAUGAGGGGAAAGAUUUAUAAAACCAAGAUUACCGUUUUAUUUUUUUGUUUCUUUGUUUUUAAAGCAUUAGAUUAAUAAUGGUUCGCUCUUGGAGAAAGAUCUUUCGGAAAUUUUCAAAUGCAUUUUUUUUUUUCUGGGCAAGCUAUUAACCAGAAAGAAAAGUGCUUUUCCAUGCACAUUCACCAAACCCUAGUUCAUUUUCUCCUGUUUCACCGUAUACUUACCAUGCCUCAGGCAAGUCUGGGUUAUCUUCAACCAACUGGUCAAUUCAUAAGUAUUUAUUUGUUAAAAACUCAUUAUGUACCCAUCCCUGUAAAUAGAUAAAAGAGCAAAAUCCCUAUGUGAAAAUAUGUAAAGGUGGAAAUUGCUUACUGAUUUUUUAAAACAAAACAAAACAAAACCCUUAUUCCUUGGCCAAUUAAAUA